GGUGCUGGCGCAGUGCGGGGAUGAUGGCGGACGAGGCCGGGCAGCGGUGGCGGGAGGAGCCGGUGGUGGAGGGAGAGGGGGAGAGUGAGGGAGAGUCGGGGGGUGAAGACGAGCCGGGAGUCCGGGCCCAGCCCGACCAGGACCGCAGCGACGCGCUCGGCAGCCACAGCACGAUAAUGGAAGGCAAAAGUUGCUUAUUGAAGAAACUGGAGAUCAGCGUGUCAGAAGCAGAAAAACGAACUGGAAAAAAUGCAAUGAACAUGCAGGAGAUUUAUACUGUGUACCUCAUUGAAACAAGGCCAAUUGAUUCUCAAAGUGACGAUGAGAAUAGCGUGCCAGACUCUCUGUGGAGGAGAUACAGUGAAUUUGAACUGCUGAGGAAUUAUUUGGUUAUUGGUUAUCCCUGCGUAGUGGUGCCACCUCUGCCUGAAAAAAGAGCUGAAUUUGUCUGGCAUAAAUUAUCUGCUGAUAACAUGGAUCCUGAUUUUGUUGAACGACGAAGAAUUGGACUUGAAAACUUUCUUUUGCGUGUUGCUUCUCAUUCUGUUCUCUCUCUCGACACGAUCUUGUAUUUAUUUUUAACACAGGAGAAUGGGUGGAAAGAAGCAGUAAAUGAUUCGGGGUUCCAAGCCAAGGCAGACUCCAGGUUAAAAGCUCUCAAUGCGACAUUCAGAGUCAAAAACCCCGAGAAGAGAUUUGUGGAGCUGAAACAUUAUGGGGAUGAACUGCAGUCCGUCAUAUCGCAGCUUCUGCGGGUCAGAGCAAGAGUGGCAGAUCGUCUGUAUGGUGUUUACAAAGUUCAUGGAAAUUAUGGAAGGGUUUUCAGUGAGUGGAGUGCAAUAGAAAAGGAGAUGGGUGAUGGACUGCAGAGCGCUGGUCACCACAUGGAUGUAUAUGCAGCAUCCAUCGAUGACAUCCUAGAAGAAGAGGAGCACUAUGCUGAUCAGUUGAAAGAAUAUCUCUUCUUUGCAGAAGCUCUUCGGUCUGUUUGUAGAAAACAUGAAUUACAACAGUAUGACUUGGAGAUGGCUGCUUUGGAUCUAACGUCAAAAAAACAGCAGAAGGAAGAGCUGGCCACUGGGACCGUGCGGACAUUUUCACUGAAAGGCAUGACCAGCAAACUCUUUGGACAAGAGACUGCAGAACAAAGGGAAGCCAAGCUGAAACUGUUAGAGGAGCAAAUUGUGGAUGGAGAGGAGCUCGUGAAAGCCAAAAAUCUAGAGUGCGAAGAUUUUGUGACAAAUGCUUGGACUGACAUUGAGCGUUUCAAGGAACAGAAGAACAAGGAUUUGAAGGAGGCCCUGAUCAGCUAUGCGGUGAUGCAGAUAAGUAUGUGUAAAAAGGGAAUUCAAGUUUGGACCAAUGCGAAGGAAUGCUUUAGCAAGAUGUAAACGUUUGCAUUCAAUAAACUUGAACAUGAAGAGAAGCACAAAUUGUAGAUUUCAAAAAUGUAUAUGUUGAGCACAUGGAAUCCUCUUUACAGCGAUUGUAUGUGUUUCUGAAUCCACUGUUGACGGGGCACAAAGAAACUUUUGUAAGAAAGCGUCUUACUAAUAAAGUUCAAAACUCAUGUUUCCAGGGAUGUGGGGUUAAGGGGAAAGCAGGCAGUGAAUUUCAUUCUGUUACUAAUCCAUAUGCUAUGCUGGUUUCUUCCUGUGGAUUUGGAGGCUUCAGAUCAUUUCCAGAUGUGGUUGCAUUGUGCCAAUUGUUGUUAUUUUUGACAUUUUGCAAAGGCUUUCAUCGGGGCUAGUUGCCACGAUCAUAAAAUGUAUGACUGCUCAAAUAGGGUUACGGGUCUAACCUUCUCCACUCCUGUCUCAACCUUUCUUUAAAAGGUAGAUUACAUUUUGUCUUUGAGCAAAUUCCAGUUUAUUUUGUAGCUGAAUGUUGUAAUUGCCUAAGUGAGCAGCUGACCAUUCAGCACGUUCUGAUAUUUGGCUGGAAAAUGGAGGAAAUACCUUUCAGCCACCAGCCUGAUUAAUGAUACAGGACCUUAAUAUUUUGCAAAUGACCACUUGUUAAAAUUGAUGGUAAUUAGUUUGGAUGCCAUUUUGUCAUUCCAUGUGUGUCAAUUAUACCAAGGGUAACUGGAUUUGUAACCUGUCAACAAGCAGGUCAGUGGCAAAGUCCAGUUUAAUCCUACCUGCAAACAUGGGAGAAAUGUUCCUUUUUUUACUAUUCUCUUCCUCCUCCAAAUCCUGCUGGUGUUUAAAUACUAACAUUCAGUUCUUGACACUAAUUUGUAACUGCAGUAAUGUUAUCAUUGUUUAAAGAUUGAUAGUGAAACACUUCAGUAAUUACAGCAUGUUUUUGGAGAGAAAAUUGCCAUUCUACUAUUUAAGUUAACGACGCCAGAACUGCCAAUGGGUUAAGUUCACUUCCAUUGUAAGCAGGCUUUACACAAGAGGUACAAUUCUUUAAUUUUGUUCUGACUAAAAUGGUGGGUUACAAAAGUUUGUUUCAUUACAGCUUAACGUGAAGGUGAUCUUUGUUUAAAAAGAAAUUAAGAACCAAUUGUCAGGUUAAGAGCAGAUGACAGAAGAGAGAAUUUGAACACUUGUAAACACCACCUGUUUGGACAUCAAAAAAGAAUAAUGACGUAACUGAUGCGAUUUGUAGUUUAUACAUUUUCUCUUAAAUGCCAAACUGAAUAAGAAACACUAAACAAAGGUGCCUUAAUCUUUCUGCCAAUCUUGUACACGUUUCUACCUGGGAACAAAUGAUUACUGCUUAUUUUGUUCUAUUUCUAUUUCGAUUUGCUUAAAUUGUCAAAUGUUCAGAAUUCACGGAUGGCCUAGUCCUUUUGGUUUAUAGAGGAAUACUAGUUUCUCCUGCUAACUUCACUCACUCUCCCUCCCUCCCUCCCACCUACGUAGACACUGUGCCAAAUACGCUAAAUAAAAUUGCUUUUUAAAAUGCA